AAGUGUUCUCUUUUUUUGUAUUAUUUAUUUUCAAUGCGUACCAAGCGAUGGCAUAUAUUCUUCACAACCUUAAAAUACAAGAUCUGCAAUAGUUGGAGUCGCACUUUGUUGGUGCACGCACAGCCACGGCUUGGUUUAUUGGUCCAGAGCAGCACAGUGUCGACCUCUGACGCAGCCGGAGCACCUAUCCGCGAGGGCUCUAUCUCUCCACGCCGGUCUUUUUCAUCACGACCACUUCGGAUCUGCAGUGCAUAAUCUGCUGUGUUUUAUGGAAGCGGACUCUCUGCAUCCUGUCGUUGUCAUGCUGCCCCCAAAGAACUGCCUUCCCAGGAACUACAGCUGCAUAGCCGGACUGUUCGGAAGCCUGGCAUCAGCAAACCCGAGGCUUGAUGAUGGGGAAGAUUUUGACAUGAUCAACGAUAACUGUGUACCUACCGAUAGCCCCGUGGUGGAAGAGAGACCCCGGGGAAGAGAGAUCUGCCUGAAGCCUCCACAGAGUCCAAAUCUGCGUCGGAGAUGCAAGUCUCUCCCCACACCCACAGAGAGGGCCAAGUUAGAGAUCUCACGCAGCAGGAGUCCAACCAGUCAGAAAAGGGUUCGGUUCGCCGACUCCCUGGGCUUGGAGCUCAUUUCAGUCAAGCAUUUCGAUGAUACAGAUGAGCCAAAUGUGCCUGAGCGCAUUUUGGCCAAAUUACCCAAAGGACACCUGCACCUUACUCAUUUGGACACAAAGUUCCCACGUACUCCUGCGCAGCCUGUAUUCAUGGAGUUGCAAUUCACCAACCCAGGUACACUACCCGAGUUUGAGCUGAGAGUGAGGGAGGUGCACGUCUUGUUAGAGACAGUGGAGGCAGAUGAAUACAACCUUUCCGGGGUUGUGCGCGUGUUAAACAUGGCUUUUGAAAAGAGCGUCUCUUUGCGGUAUUCCCUUAACAACUGGAUAACAUUUAUGGACAGCCUGGCUUCCUAUGUGCCAAACUCAAACAACGGUGACACCGAUAAGUUCCGUUUCAAGAUCGUCAUGCCUACUUACCUUGACAACGGAGGCACGUUUCAGUUUGCAAUUAAAUACUGCGUCGGAGGGCAAGAGUUCUGGGACAAUAAUAAUGGGAACAACUACAAAGUGAAGCGUCACCGACUCAAGAUGUCCCCGCCGCGAGAAUGGGAGAAUGGAUGGAUUCAUUUUAUUUGAGCUUUGUCGUCUUAAGUGGCACACUGCGUGCGUAAUUUGCGCGUAACUGAUCCCUGGAAACCUUAAGUAUGACUGUGGCUUUUUUUAAAUGUUUUUUUUUCUGCCAUUGCCAGCUACAUGCUGUGACCAUCGCUGUGACACAAAAAAUUCUACCACAAUAAUUCAAAUAUUUGUCCCGCUGCGUUAACAGAUCGAGUGGCGAAUACUACAGCAUAAGCCUUUGAUAGGUGCCUGGUUAGGGAUGCUCUUUGAUCAUUUGCCUUGAUUUCAGGGCUCUCUUUACAGCUUGGUGCCCUUUGGGAGGGCAUGUUCACGUUAUGUAAUAUAGAAACACGUGCCACGGAAAAACGUGCCAGGCAAUGCCGACUAUAGGCAUCACAGUCCCUGUUAGGUGAAGCUGUUAAAUGGUUGGGGGCAAGGAGCUGUUUCAAUUAGUUUGCUUUGCAUGCUUGCGUGCGUGCAUUCAUAUUGGCUUGAUGGGAAGCAGAAAGCAUGGCAUCUUGGCUGAUAUGGAUGCCAAGAUAACCUAGUGCAUAUUCAUCCAGCAUUCUCCUGCAGGCUGGGAGAAACACACCCACAUUGUCUUACUUGACAGACAGAAAGAAGUGGCAGGUUGUUUUAUUAAAACAUUCAAUGUAUGAUUUCCCACUGUCAUGCCAUGGAAAAAUGCCUUAUUUUAAGCCAUGAUUUGGGAAGUUGUGCAUUGAAUAUUGUACAGUAUUCUCUUUAUCAGGCUUGAAAGCAUUAGAUUACAUUUUAAAUAAGGCCCUUUAGGUACUGGGAAUCAGUCAGUGUCCAUGGCUUUCAAUCCAGGGACACCAUACUUAGUCAUAAACCAGCAGCAUUUGCAUCUAUCCCAGAGCCAUUUUAUAUUUUUGCUGAAUAACUGUUUUGCUAAAUUCGAAAAUCAAGAAACCCUUACCAAAGUUCAAGACUAUGAAAACGUUUUAUUUAAUGAUUAAACCAUGAAACAUAUUCCAUCAAAUCAUAAACGCUGUGUUUAUAAAGGAUGAAUUGCAGUUAUCCCAUGCUGUAUUGUGAUCAGAAUUAACAACUUGAGUGUGGUUUUUGUACCACCAAAGAAAAUAUAUUUAGUAGCAAUGGUUGCAAAGUAAAAUAUACCUCAUUACUAGCAGACCUUUUCUCUUCUAUUUCAGGUAGACCGUUUUAAAACAGAUGUUAUUUUCACAGGAAUUAUUUUACAAUGGAUACAUUGAAUCAGAAAAGAAUUAUUGCAAAUGUGCUGAAUCAAAACACAAUGUGUAAUCAUUUUUAAUGUUCUUUAUUCAUGUGUAACUCUGUUUUCUUAGAGCACUGUUGUUUAUAGACAAAGUAGCUAUUUCACAAAUGACUGUAUUUACAGGGCUUUAAAGGUACACGAUAAUAUCCUCAUUCGCCACUGUGCAAGAAUAGAGCUGCUCCUUAAAUAUUUUGAACCUCCUGAGCCUGAUAUUUCCAUCCUUAGAUGGCAAACUGUAAUCAAAUUACUUCAUUUCCAAACCAUAUGCAUAGAUUGGUGUUAAACAACCAGUCUGAUAUCUCCAUACAACAGCAGUCAUACAUUUUAUUUUUUUUAUCGGGUAAUCUUCCAAACUUUCUUCCGAACAUUUCUGAUAAUGUACUCUGUGGCAAACAGGCUAUACUAUUUGAAAAUGUCAAUAUUCAUCACGCUGAUCUUGAGGUGUAUGAUAUUAUUUAUGUUUUUAGUGUAGAAACUUGAUUUCAGAUCAGCAAGAGAAACAACAGACGGGAUGUUUUUAAUUCCAGUGCUCUGACUUUAAUCUGAACAACACUUCUGUGUUCUGUGUUUACAUCAUCUCGGCAUCAGAAGGAAGCUUUCCUUUAAUGAGGCCAUCAUGUUGGGAUGGGGAUAAAGACUCUUCCUGUAACCACUUAGUUUUUGGAGCAGUUCCACUGUGUUUCCAUCAGUAUUGUUUGUCUAUAAAUCCAACACGGUUUCUGAAGCUAUACCUGUUGUUGUUAGAAUCGUUUUGCCAAAGUGAGAGGUGGCCAGCACUGAGGUCAAAUGUUGCUUUCUCUACUUUUAUCACAUCUAGACCUGCUUUUUAUUUAUUUCAAUACACUGUGGAUAUAAAGAUCUGGCCACAGCAGAGCUUACUGUGUGCUAUGUUUUUAAAUCAGUCAGUAUUUGCAUAUUGUCUGCUUUGGCCUGUGUAAACUUUGUUCAAGCCUUGAUGCUGUGCAACACCAGAAAGCAUUAACUAUCCAGUCUGACGUGGGUACUGAGAUGCAUCAAUACCAAUUAAUCACUGCCAAAACAGAUUGUGUUUUUUAGGUUUUAACGUUGGGUUUUAACAAGUCCUGACAAUAUUUGCUCGGUCAAUUAGUUUGAGAUUACUUGACAUAAAUGACUGUCGGAAUAUGAUCCUUUCUCCAUUUUUCAUCCAAUGUGACUCUCUGGUUAAAGUUUACAAAAGUUUGGAAACUCUAAGAUAGCAGUGUCCAGUUUUAGGCUUGUUAAUCCAACACUGCUGUUGUUAUUGGUGCAUCCCUACCAUAAAGAAAACGAAGGGCUUCUGGUCUAAUUAGAUUUUCACCUCAAUGUCAACGUAACAUUUUGCAUCCGAUCUCACUGAUAUUUAAAUAUGUAUGUAAAUGUAUUAAUGUUUCAUAUUGAAUGUCUUCCUGUUACUAUUCUAUGUUGUGUGUAUUUUGAAGCAUUAUGAAAGCAGUAUUGAGGGAAGCGAGAGGUAAAAGUCUGUGAAGUUGGAAAAUAAUAUAUUAUGUGCCCAACCAAAUUCUCAAAGCACACUUACUAUUAGAUUUAAUUAUCAAACCUUUAUUAAAUAUAAGUUAAAAUAAGGCUGCUUGUAAUAUUGGUUAUACCAAUCAAUGCAAUAAUUUGUCUCAAAAGAACGUUGUGAGAAAGGUAUUGCAGAAUUUCCCUAAAAUAGGUACCAACAUGUGAGCAAUCUGAAUGAAAUGAGUACUUCGGAAACCCAUGUGCACAAAUAUGGGUGUGCAAUGCCUUAUUAAAAACAUUUUACAAAGAGACAUGAAGCAAGAUGGAAGAAUGCAAGUGCUUGUUUGUCGAGAAAUAAUGUGAUUUCUAAUGGGUGGAAAUAUGUGCACUGUAGACAUGACAAAGGGACAAAUAUGUGCAAGAAAGGGAAAGCAAGGUGCACUUUGAUAGUAGAUACGUUUUGGCAUGAAUGACGUAUGAUUGUAGCUGACACUGAGUAGACUUUGUCAAAGCAGGUCCAAUGCACUUUGAGUGGGAACAAGGAAAGGAUUAUGGCUGAACGUCACUGUACAUUAUAAAUGACAUAUUAUCCAUGCAUAGCUACUAACCAAGAUGUUUUUCAUUCUUCUGCUCUUUUCUCUCACUGUGAAAAGCCUCAAUCACGUCUGUUGUAUGUAUAGCCAUUGUAUGACAUAGAAUUUAUUUCAGUGAGUUUUGUUUUGUGUAUUCUAUGCAACCACUUCCAUUUGUAACACCUAAGUCAUCGGACUGUGUUAAUCUAUAUUGUGAUCUGUCUUUUAUUUUGUCUCUUGCAGUGAACUUUAUUAUUAACCAUGUUUGCAUGAACAACUGUGACAUACAUUUAUUUAGUUUUCUAAUGUAACCUAUAUUUUGUUAAAACAAUGGUUGAUAAAGACAUUUGUGAUGGAAAAAAUUACUCUGCCAGUACUUGAAACUAUCAAAAAUGUUAUCUCAAUACCUUCUAGCUCCUAAUUGUAUUGCUUAAUGGUAAUCAAUCAAUAAAUCACAUC